AGCCAGAAAGGAAAUGGCUGCUCUGUCUACAAUCUAACAAAUAAAAGGACAUCUCCGGCCAUCUCUCUUCUUCCCCUCGUCGGAAAAAUGAAUCUCCUCCUAUUCUUCGCCGUCGCUUUUCUCGCCGGCGUUCAUCUAAUCCAGUCUACUGUAACCUACGAUGACAAAUCUUUAAUCAUAAAUGGACAAAGAAGAAUUCUCUUAUCCGGUUCCAUUCAUUAUCCCAGAAGCACACCAGACAUGUGGGAGGAUCUUAUACAGAAGGCUAAAGAUGGUGGAUUAGAUGUAAUUGACACAUAUGUAUUUUGGAACAUUCACGAACCUUCACCUGGCAAUUACAAUUUCGGAGAUAGAUAUGAUCUUGUAAGUUUCAUAAAGACAAUACAAAGAGCUGGGUUAUACGUUAAUCUUCGAAUCGGUCCUUACAUUUGUGGAGAAUGGAAUUUCGGAGGGUUUCCUGUUUGGUUGAAAUACAUUCCUGGGAUUAGUUUUAGAACAGAUAAUGAGCCGUUUAAGACUGCUAUGAAAGGGUUUAGUGAGAAGAUUGUUGAAAUGAUGAAGAAUGAGAAUUUGUUUGAAAAUCAGGGAGGACCUAUUAUCUUGUCUCAGAUUGAGAAUGAAUAUGGAGCUCUUAGUAAAGCUCUUGGUGAAGCUGGUAAAGAUUAUAUGAAUUGGGCAGCUGAAAUGGCGGUUGAUCUUGAUAUUGGAGUUCCAUGGGUUAUGUGUAAACAAGAUGAUGCUCCUGAUCCUAUUAUAAAUACUUGCAAUGGAUUCUACUGUGAUACAUUCAUUCCAAACAAGCCUUAUAAACCCACUAUGUGGACCGAAGCUUGGACUGGUUGGUUCACCGAAUUCGGAGGCGCAAUUUAUGAGCGACCCGUUCAAGAUUUGGCAUUUGCAGUAGCUCGUUUCGUAUUGAAAGGCGGAUCAUUCGUAAACUAUUACAUGUACCAUGGUGGGACGAACUUUGGACGUACUUCAGGCGGUCAAUUCGUGACUACAAGCUACGACUACGAUGCUCCAAUAGACGAAUACGGUUUGACAAGGGAUCCAAAAUAUAGUCAUUUGAAGGAACUUCACAAAGCAAUCAAGCUUUGUGAACCUGCUUUAGUUUCAUCACAUUCAAAUCUUACUUCAUUGGGACCUUCCCAACAGGCUUUUGUGUUCUCCGCGGGUAGUGGUCAAUUAUCUACUUGCGCGGCUUUCCUUUGUAAUUCCGAUACCAAAUCUGAUGCGAGUGUUGUGUUUAACGGCAAUCACUAUCAUUUACCUCCUUGGUCUAUUAGCAUUCUUCCCAAUUGUAAAAACGCGGUCUUUAACACUGCGAAGAUUGUAAGCCACACAUCGAGAAUUCAAAUGGUACCGACUAGUUCAAUGGUGUUAUCGUGGGAGAGGUAUGAUGAGGAUAUUUCUUCUAUAGAGGACAACCCAACCAUUAAUGCGGUUGGACUUUUGGAACAACUAAACGUCACUAAAGAUGCCAGCGAUUAUCUUUGGUAUAUGACAAGUGUCGAAAUCAGCUCCACGGAAUCCUUUCUACUUGGAGGAAAUAAGCCUAUGCUAACAGUCAGCGCGAGAGCCCAAGCAGUGCAUGUAUUCAUCAACGGUUUGCUCUCGGGUUCGGCAUAUGGUUCAAACAAGGCAAUGCGAUUUAAACAAACCGUGCCAGUGAAUUUGCAUGCCGGGACUAACAAAAUAGCUCUUCUCAGUAUUACAAUGGGAUUACCGAAUAUCGGGACACACUUUGAAACAUGGAUAGGUGGUGUCAUUGGUCCGGUUUUGCUGCAAGGUCUUGACCAUGGAAGAUUGGAUUUAACAUGGCAAAGAUGGACAUACAAGGUUGGUCUAAAAGGGGAGACGAUGAAUCUCGACACGCCGGAUUGUAGUGUCAUCGGUAUAGACUGGUUUCAUGUAUCGGCUGCAGUCAAAACCUGAAUCCUUUGACAUGGUACAAGGUGAGAAAUUUGUAAAGAACAAAAAAAACAAAUUCAAAUAAGUGCAAGUCACAAUUGUUAGAGAAAUUGAUGAGUUCUUGAAUUUGUUGGUCAGGCUUACUUUAAUGCCCCACAAGGAAAUGAACCAUUAGCCUUGGACAUGAAAGUAUGGGAAAAGGUCAAGUUUGGGAUAAAAGGGCAAAGUAUAGGACGGUAUUGGACGGCUAAAGCGACCGAAAUUGUGGAAACCCGAUGCAGCUAUGCCGGGACCAUAUAGAGAAUCCAAAUGCCAACUUGGUUGUUUGGCAAACCAACUCAAAG